AACCCUCUUUCGGCUCCAUCAAACAAGCAUACCAUUAGUCCAUUACCGAUUACCCACACCCUCUCUCUCUCUACAAAUUAAAAAUACAUUUAAUUUAUUUUACAGUAGUUAUUUGUGUAGCCUAUACAUAUAUGAGAGAAAGUUCUCGGAGAGAAAUUAUACUAGUACGAUGCAGCACAGUCCAGUGUACAGCCCUGCAGUGGUUCAUCACCAGUACCACUCCGACGCAUCUCGACCGUCCCUUGGUUUUCCUCUUGGCACUGCUUUGCUAUUGCUGGUCAUCUUUAGUUUAAGUGGUAUUUUCUCCUGCUGUUACCAUUGGGAUAAGUUCCGAUCUCUUCGUCAAUCUUAUGUUGAUGAUCUUGAUCUUGAGGCUGCUAAUCACGACACUGCUAAACCCAAUAACCCUAAUUUCUUCAAACAACAACAAAACGAAAGCUUACCGGUGAUAAUGCCAGGUGACAACAUAGCAAAGUUCAUAGCGUUACCAUGCCCAUGUGAACCACCUCGUCUAGAGAAGCACGCUCCAAUUCAAACUCCUAACAAACCUCCUAAGCCGCCACGUUUCCCUGUUCCUCUGUACUAAAUUUAUAAUUAAUUACUACGGAGUAGUUUAUUUUUUUAAUUACACAAAUAUAUUUGACAAAUUGGGUCACAAAAUAUGUUAUAAUCUUCUAGUACUAGUAGUUUGUACUUUGUACAUAGUGUUUAGACAUCACUCAUAUAUUAUUACACCAAUUUUUGAUGUACUUUUUUCUCCCCCCCAAUUUGUUAAUUUAUUAAUAUAGUUGGCUGGUUAUAUGAUUUUUAUGUGAUUCUA